UAAUUGCUUCUAUUGUUUACCUCACUUGUUAGUCGCUUUGGACAAAAGCGUCUGCUAAAUGACAAAAUGUAAUGUAAAUGUAGUUACAUAAAGUUUCUAUCUAAUUUAAGAUUUAAUGACAUAUUUACCUUAGCACAAGUGAACGGAAUACAGCUCAUAUUUUGUGUUGUACAACACAAAGUAUGAUGCUUAAAAAUAUAUUAAGAAUAUCUGUCACAGCUAUUCUUAAUACCUCAGUACCAAAUACCACAUAUUUAUUUUCAUGUGUAGGGCCUACUCUUAAGUAGUCCCUUCUGUAUUUCUGACUCUGGCAGUGCUUUUCUGAAAUAUGAAUGAAUUAAUAAAUAAACUUGUUUUGCAAAAAGAUAUUAAGUUGUAUAUGGUCAUUUGCAUAUCUAUCUAUCUAUCUAUCUAUCUAUCUAUCUAUCUAUCUAUCUAUCUAUCUAUCUAUCUAUCUAUCUAUCUAUCUAUCUGAGGAAACUCACAGCUGAUGAGCCUAAUUUGAAAACAAAACAUAUAGUUUAUAUCUGGACUAUAUGAUCUAGGCCUAUUGCUGGACUAUAAGGUAUUUUGUUAAAUUACUGUAUUUUUAUUCUUCUAUGCUACCAAUAAUUCUCUGAAAAUGUGCUAUUAUGUUUUCAGCUUGCUUGAUUAACUGUUACAUUUUGGUGGUGAAAGGUCAGAAGGCCGGUGUAUGGAGCCAUACUCUGAAUUUGACAGUCUACAAGUUGUGGUGUACAGAUGCACUGAACUUUUCUGCAGCAAUUAGCAAUAAUUUAGUCUAAUAAUAAUAAUAAUAAUAAUAAUAAUAAUAAUAAUAAACAAGCCUGUCACAUUAUUAACUUUGCAUCCAAAACUUAAAAAUAUAGCCUCCAUUUUAUCUAAUUAAACAUAGUAAUGAUGACACCUAGUGGUACAUUGAAAAAAGACACAUUUGAUUUUAGUAAGCUUCGUAUAGGCUAUUGAUACAAUUACCCAAAGUACACUUAGGCCAUGAAAGGGUUGAGUCACGUUUUUCCUGAUAAUUAAACUGUUGAUUUUUUUUUAUUGCUAUGAAUGUCUAUGUUUUUUUUUCGUUCUGUUAUGUUUGUCAUGCUAUAUUAAUAUGUUUCAUAUGGUUUGUGUUAAGAAUUAUUCUUAAUGAAUUAAACCAUUUGUGUCAUCAAACAGUUUGAAAGCAUAAUGGUCUCUCUUGCUCUAAAACAGUGUUGUUCAUUGCGCGGCUGGGCAAGCUUUCAUUUGUGGCUCGCAUGGCAGUAAAUAAUACAGUGAUAUGAUCAUGCAGGCAUGCGCUUUUUCUGUCUUUUCUACUCCGGACGCUAACUUUGUUAGAAAACCAUACCUAUUAUAUCAAGAUGCACGUCGUUAAGCAUGUUCAAUCGCAUGCAGCGCUUGCACAGAGCGAUCGUCAUAUGACAUCAAAGUACCGUGAGAUCAGACUGCUUGUUAUGCUUUCGAAUUGCUCUCGCAGGACAAUAAUGUCACUCGCCAAAGGUUCUGUGCAGCGCCACAUAAAAUUAUGAGAAAGGUGGUUUGGGGAGCACUGCAUAAGCAUAAUAAGAAUGUUUAACAUUAAAAUCCUGCUUUUGUCAUUAAGGGAAAUCAUAUUGUCUCAGUUACAAAUUUGACUGGUAAAUGAUAAAGAAUGAUUUGCCCUUGUAUUUAUUAAAUUGCAACAGAUUGACAGAUUGAUAAACAGACAUGCUAUUUAUGACUGGAUGUAACUUUUGAUACUUUGCGGUGAAGGCGGCUCUCCUAUUGGCCCUGACCUAUCAGUGGCUCUCAUGAAAAAAAUAGUGAAGACCACUGCUCUAAAAGAUCCCAGUGAUGUUCGAAUAUUAUUUUCGCUUGAAAUGCCCAUCGAAUUGUAAGCCUUACGAACUGUACGUCUUAUCAAAUAUUACGUUUCUGACCACUUGAAUUGUCUGAAACUGUGUUUGUAUUAAACCAACCAAUCAUUGCACAUCAGCAACGAAAAGAACCAAUCUGCACGCAGGCUAAAUGUAAACAUACGUUUAUUUAAACUUACAGUCACUCGCGCAUCCAGAGAUCGUCUGAGGCACUUAAUAGAGGUGGGUAACCUACAUUACUCUUUCCUUACACAGUUAAACUAUAGAUAAUAUAGGCCUAUGUUUAUUUUAGUGUAGCCAACUGAAUGACCUAAUUCACAACGAUAUACGUUUUUGUCUUUUUAUCAUCAAAAUUACACUCAUUGUCAAUACAAAUAGGUACUGGUAAUCUGUGGCAGUGACAGGAGGUAGCAGCAAUUCUGAGGUAGCCGAGUCUAACAGCUUUUUCAAGUCGAAAUUUACAACUGAGCUCUCAGGCCAACAUUUUUAAUUGUAAGAUGUAAUACGUUUAACAGUCAAGAUAAGCUAUUUCGUCUGAAUGUGCGCAAUUCUGUAAAAUUAAUAAACGCUAAUUCUGUUUGAAGAGUAGUCUAUGCUAAAAUAGAUUACAGUAGGCCUUUAAGAAAAGGCUUAAAACUUUGAAAAGUCAGGGCCAGUAAUUGCAACAUUGUAAUAGUAUCCGGCAGCUAGUCAGCCUAAUAACUGUGAAACCGUCUUUGUGGUAGCAUAAAGGCCUAACGUUACUCGGUAUUGUAGCUCUGAGGUAAUCCGGUUGUUAAUGUGUCAUUACUCGACAGUGAAGUGUGAGGCGGGAUAGUCUGCUGCUAACUAACUCGUCUCAAACAUUCACACUUUUAUCGGGACAAAACUUCCAAAUUUCACGCUAUGAAAAAAAGAUUUUCUCUAGUUUUAAAUUAAUGGCGAUUUUCAACUCAAUGCCAAAUAGUGUGCGGUUAGGAUUAUCAGCGGUAGCGAGAACUCUCUCCCUCCCAAAUUUCCUGAAAAGCAUUACGGAACUGAGAAAACGUGUUGUUUAAACUUUAGUCUUUAUAUUACUUAUAUUUAUAACUUUAUAUAACUUUUUCGUUAAAAUGUAUUUCGUGUAAACAUAAAAGAGCGUAUAUAAACUACCGGUCAAAUGUUUGACCCUUACAAAAAUUAACCAUGGUUUUAUUGUGGUAAAUGUGUAGUAACCAUGUUUUUUUUUGGUGUAUUGAUUACUAUGAGCAGAGCCAUGGUUUUACUACACUAACCAUGGUUUAACUAUCGUUUUGUGGUUACCAUGGUUUUACUACAGUACUCGUGUCAUUUUAUCAAGAAGCUUCUUGAAGGUUCACUUUAGGAUGAAUUUUAAAGAAUAUUGAAGGACUUCACAUUUAAUUUGGGCGCUUAUCGACAGCUUUUCCGUCAAUAUUCAGUCUAAGUCAUCUAUUUCAAAAAAUAAUAUUUUAAAUAAAAAUUUAGUUUUCUAUCAGAAAUUAAUCUGUUUGGCACAUGUAUAAUUUUGUCUACAAAAGUAAUUUCAAGCAUUUAACCAUACAUCUUCAGAUUAAAAGAUUUUUAAGAUCACAGUUAAAAUUUUAGUCAAGAUACACCAAACCUUUGACUGGUAGUGAAUGUGUUUAACUAUAUUCUGUAUUUGUCUUUAGAUGGAAAGAAGAACUCCUUACCAGCAGGACCCCCUGAGGCUAAAGUGUGUGGCAGCCAAGUCAACACGUGUGGCCACCAACUAUAGGUUUGGGGACACAGUGGAGGCCGAAUGGUCUACCAUUGAAAUGCGGGCAUUGUCAGAUGGCAAACUGGUAUAUGUCCUUUCACUUAAGGAGGACAAUGCCAGAAAAGUCCAAAUAAAUGGGACUUAUAUAUUUAAAAACUUGGUCUUGAAAGCUGACAGGGCAUACUUCAAAACUGAAACUGUGGCUUUCAAGUCUUAUAAUUUGGUGAUAGAGCCAGACCUGGUGGCCAAAGCUGAAGCCCUCCUGUGUCCCCCCUCCCCAUAUGUGGAAGAAUAUGAGGCACUGAGGGAUGCCCAAGGCUACAUUACCAUUAAAGUUCAGAUUGUCUCAGUUCCUGAUGUUAGGCAAGUACUGAUGAAGGGCACACCAAUCCCGAUAAGAGACAUAGAGGCCUCUAUGGCUGGCCACACUAUUGCUGUGACCCUGUGGCGGGAGGUCUCCCUUUUGGAAAUUCUUGUCGGUGACUGGGUCACCCUUACCCACUUGAGAGCCAGUAUUAGCCCACCGUUUGGCUUCAAGUUGAACACAUCAACAUUCACAGAGGUCCAUCAAACAGAGGCAGCAGCCAGUUCUCGACUGUGUACUGUUGUAGCGGUGAACGCGGGGCCAGAAUUCUUUAGUGUGAUGAUGGGGGAUGGAGCCGAGCUCAAGGUGCCCACCCAGUCUUGGGUGGGCACUGAAGAAGAAUUUUCUGCCAGGCUGCCAAUGUCAGUGACCCUAGAAGUGCAGGGGGACCUGAUUGUGUCUCACAACAAAUUAUUUGAGACAGAUGAUCAGGAAGAACAGGUGGACAGUGAUGACAGUGAGGCAAUCCUCAACUCCCCAUGAACACACACACACAAACAUUUUAAUUAAAUUGUUUCUUGUUACUUUUAAUUAAAUUCUCUCCUGUUAAUAUUAAUGAAAUUCUCUUUUGUUAAUGUUAAUUAAAUUGUCUCUUGGUAAUAUUAAUGAAAUUUUCUCGUUUAUAUGAAUUAAAUUGUCUGGUUAAUAUUAAUUAAAUUGUCUGGUUAAUAUUAAUUAAAAUGUUUCUUGUCACAAUGAAUUAAAUUGUCUCAGUUAAAUUGUCUCUUGUUUCUAUUAAUUAAAUUGUUGUGUGUUACCAUUAAA